CACUAGACUUGGUUUCCAGCAGCAGUCGGCACGUGAGAAAGAGAUCAACAAAUUUAUUUUUGUUAUAAAAAAUCAUAAUUGACAAAGCGUGUCGGCCACUGCUUUGCCACAAAUAUUAUCGCGUUGUUGUGAUGCCAUCCACAUGCACAUUUGAAUUCGAUAGGCCCGAGCCGGUUUAUUACAGCGGAGAGACCAUCAAUGGGCGUAUUGUGUUGCACACGGACUCCAAUAAGAGUGUGAAUGAGGUCUAUAUACUGUUUCAAGGCGAGGCUAAAGUACGAUGGGAGGAGGGCAAAACGCGGACAGUGAAUGGAAAAACAGAGCACUACACAGAAUAUUUUCGGGGCACUGAAACGUAUCUGAAUACUCGCACCAAUGUCGUCAAUUCAGGCGAAUUGCCGGCAGGAACACAUACCUACACGUUUUGUAUUCCUCUACCACCACAGUGUCCCACCUCGUGUGUGGAGAAAUAUGGCAAGAUUGCGUAUGAGGUCUCUCUGGUGAUAGACAGGUCCUGGCGUUUCAAUAACGAGUUCAAACAACCGAUAACUGUGCUGCAUAGCUACAACCUGAAUAUGUUUCCAGAGCUACUGGUGCCGCUUAAGAAUGAGGACAUUAAAUAUUUUUGCUGUUGGCCCUGUUCAUCGGGUCCAGUCGUCUCCACACUCACAAUACCUUUUGGUGGCUAUGCUCCCGGCCAGCGCAUUCACUAUCAGUUGGAGGUAGAUAAUCAGUCGCAUGGCUACGAUUUGGAUGGUAUUGCACUGAAACUGUAUCAGGUUUAUACAUUCACGGCCACAACCCCGCGACGGAAGACCAACUCACACAGCAACACAUUGACCAGAGAUGGUCAGGCUGAGCGAGUUCUGCGUCUUUCGAAGAGGAUUAUCAAGGGAACAUUGGUUAUACCGCCAGUGCCGCCAUCAUCCCGGGAGAGUGGCAUCAUACAAGUUAGCUAUCACAUUUUGAUGAUCAUAAAUACUGGCGAUUGUCACACAGACUCGGAAAUUCAAAUUCCAAUCAUUAUUGGCACCAUUCCGCUGGUCCAGAGCGCCGAAAAUCCCGCAAAUGCCAGCAUCUGGAUACCACAGACGCCGGAUACACCCGAGGCAGCUGGAGGCGACUUACCGCCGAGCUAUGACAACUGCAAGCCACCCUCCUUCCUGGAGGCUACCCACAUAGGCGACAAAUUCGUGGAUACUGACGUGAAUGAACAUAAUCGCACAGAUGAUUUCAUACCCAAGUAUCCCAUGUAUACGAACUUUGCAAUGCCAACGGCACCACCGAAUGAUUUGCCCGACAGUCCAUUGCUAGAGCAACCGCCCUCUUCUAAUUCAAACUCGGCGGUGCCUUCCGCACCACCUGACGCCGGCGCCGCUGCCACAACAAAUACUCAUGGCUAUGGUUGGAAUGCAAGUUCAUAGGGUCCUCCGAUUAGUUAUACGAAAUCUUAUCUGCCUCCAAUGGAAAUAUAUUACUUAACUAUUUUAUAAAUUUUUCUUAAAAACAAGAAUACACUUACACAACUA